UAAUGGUAAAUGCUAAUUGCCUAUUGGUAUUGAAUAUUUACUACUUACUGUAGUUACUACUACUAAUUGAGUAUGAGUAUUUUAAAUCGUCUACAUUCAAUAGUCCGAACUCCAAAAUUUCAUACAUUUUGAAACUUUUAUUUGACCGAUUGUCGACAGACAUAAUAUUAUAUUCCUGAAUCCCGAUGUAGCGAUUUUCAUUAAUUGUCGUUGUAGUGUUUGUACAUUUAUUUCAUAUUUUUAUUUAUCAAAUUUAUUUUUCAAUGAUUAUUAUUGCAAGUGCUUACAUGAAUUUUACGAUUGGAUAAUUUGUAUUUUGUUGAAAUUAAUAUCAAAUUUUUCUUUUUAGUUAGAUAAUAUCUUCUUAUAGAUAAAAGAUUAUCUACUGCACUCUGCAGUAUUUAUAUUAAGAUUCAAGAUAUAUACUAUAUUUUAGUUCAUGAUUAAUAUUAUAUUUUAAUUAAUAUUAUAAGACAAUUACUACAAUUAUUAUAUAAAACAGUAAUACAUAGUACAUAGUAGUAAUUUAAAUCAUGUUGAACAUUUUAAGAAGUAGAUUUUCUCCUUUCAUGGUACAAAUGCACUACUUUUCAUCUGGGACAGUAGUAAACAAACAGCUCACAAAGACAACGAAACCUAUGAUACUUUAUAAUACCAAAUCAAACUUAUGUUCACUUAUUCAAAAUCGCAGUUUUGCUGGUACAUCUCCACCAUUAAUUACAGAUAUUAAUUAUGAAAGAUUUAAAAAGUUUAUUAACCAAAAUGAAGUGUUAAUUAUUGAUGUACGUACUAAAGAAGAAUUAGCUGCGACAGGAGUUUUACCAAAUAGCUAUAAUAUUCCACUCGAUGAGUUAAGUACUGCAUUUGAAUCAACACCAGACAAGUUUUUAGAAAUGUACAAUAUUCCUAAGCCAGAUAAAGAUCAAAAAAUCGUUUUUUCUUGUGCCAAGGGAAUAAGAAGUUUAAAAGCAUGCCGUUAUGUUGCAGACUUGGGUUAUAAAAAUCUUUUCAAUUACACUGAAGGAUGGUUUGGAUGGGAGUCACACAAAUGAAUAAAAAAUGCCUUUUAUAUGUGUAUGGCCAGCAAUGUAUCAUUUAAGGUUUAAACCAUUACUGUUCACUCACCUUUUCAUAAAAGAAAUUCUGACAAAAAUUGUUUAAAUUCAUUGGAGAUAAGUACAGUGCUAAUUGCAAAGUAAUUUAUGUUAUUGUGACAUUAAAUAAGUGAUUUAGUAGAUAUCUGUAUAACAAUAUAAAAUCAUAUUAAUAUUAUCACAUAGACUAAUGAUGUAUAACCAAAAAUGGUGUUUGAAUAUUUUCAGAACGGAGACAGUAAAUAUUGCUUUAGACUAACAUCAUACUUUAGUCUGUAUAAAUAAUAAUUUGUUUGAUAUAAAACUAACGUUUAUUUAUAUAUUUUUAAUUUACAGAAGAAAAUUAUAAUAGCAUUUAUUUGUAUGACCGUAUCGGUAUUGACGUACUGUACUGUAAGGAUAAAUUAAAGCCUUGCAUUAACAUAAUUAUAUAAUUAUUAAUUUAUAUGUAUCACAAUAUUACAAUAAUAAUUUGAUUAUAUUAAUAUUUA